AUGUCUUCAAUUAUACAGGAUCAAUUUUCAACAGGUAUCUGUAUAACUGAAAAUGAGACAAAUUCUGAUACAGAUAAUUCAUUAACCGGUGGAAGUGGUUCUACUGGUGGUCUACACUCAGAUUAUCAGCCGCCAUACUUUCCUCCACCAUACUAUCCAUCUAUAACUACACCAAUGAUGAUGAUGGCGACAACAACGGAAACAGCAACUAAUAGUUUAGGAACAAACUUCUAUCAUACUAAUGGACAAAAUACAUCAUUUAUAAAUGGUUCAAAUAAUUAUUCUAGUAAUUUUUAUCAUCCGAAUUUAUGUCAUGAUUCAAAUAUAUUAAAUCAACAUUUACACACUUCUCAACAUCAUCACCAUCAUCAUCAUCAACAACAACAACAACAGUCAAGAUUACAUACAAACACAUCGAAUUUUCCAUUUUCUUCAUAUUUUACCACAAAUCCAAAUUAUUAUUCAUCAGUAAAUUAUAUGAAUGGAUCUGUAUUAACUAAUGAAAAUUUAUCAUCACUGUCAUCAUCUUCUGAUAUGAAUCAUACAAAUAUGUUUACAAAUUAUCCAUUCAAUUAUUCAAUACAAAGUGGUAUUCAAACAUGUAACACAGCAACAAUAGCAGAUCAGAUUGUAAACAUUCUUCCACGAUCUAAACUAUCUGAAAUGGUUGAUCAUUUAACACAAAAUAACAAUAAUCACAGUAGGUGUAACAAUAAUAGUAGUAAUAUUAAUAAUAAUAAUAAUAAUAAUGGUGGUGGUGGUGGUGGUAAUUCCAAAACACUACACUUAAAAAUCGAUGAUGAAAUACAUGACGUUGAAACUUCAGCUACUAGUUCACAGUCUUCUUCUUUCAUACAUCGUUCAAAUAUGCACCACUGUUCACUUAUACCUGAAUAUGAAAUGGUAGAAAAAAAUUUUGGGCAAUCACAACAUACAACAGAAUCAAACUAUCAACAAAGUGGAUCUCCUUCAUCAAUAGAUACUACAGAAUCAUCUCCACACAAUUCAUCACAAUUUUUAUCUCCAGAAUCGAAUAAAGGAAAUUUUGAAAUAGGAUCUGAAAUUAAUAGAAUGCAAAUGAGUAGUACAUCAACAACUGAUCCUGGUAGAAAUAUCUAUUCGUCUCCAGUAUCAUGUGGAAUGAAUACCGAUGAAUUAAAUUCAGAAGAUAAAGUAAGAAAUCAUGAAGAGGAGAAAAAUACGUUAAGAACAUUUAAUUAUCCUGAUAUAAAUUCAUUAAAAAAUGUAUUCAAUAUGGGAAUUACUUCAGAAAUUCAAAAUUUAACAGAAGGUUUAUUAAAUGAUCCUACAAAUGUUAUGCUACAAACAAACUUAACUCAAAAUUUAGAUCAAUCUAAUACUUAUAUGUCACAUUCUCAGGGAGCAAGAUUUUCAGCAAGUUUUAAUACUGAAUGUACACAGAAUGUUAUUUAUCAACCGACUGCUUCAGUAACACCUGAACAACCGUUUAGUCGUUUAUCUGGUGGGGGAAAUGGUGGAAAAAAUGGAUUUUGUAAAAGAGCAAUUAGAUAUAAAACAGCUUUAGAUGGACGGACAGAUUUUAUUCAUGCACCGAGCCCAUCCGAUAUAUUUUGUACUGUUCCUGGGCGCCUAUCAUUACUUAGUUCAACUUCAAAAUAUAAAGUAACUGUUGCUGAAGUUCAAAGACGUUUAUCACCACCAGAAUGUUUGAAUGCUUCAUUACUUGGUGGUGUUUUACGCCGAGCAAAAUCUAAAAAUGGAGGAAGAUCAUUACGUGAUAAGUUGGACAAAAUUGGAUUAAAUUUACCAGCUGGACGGCGAAAAGCAGCAACAGUUACUCUGCUAACUUCACUUGUUGAAGGUGAGGCUAUAAGAAUGGCUCGUGAUUUUAGUUAUUUAUGUGAAAAUGAGUUUCCACACAGAAUAUGCGCUGAAUAUCUUUCACGUACUUUGAAUGGAUGUGAUUACGGUGAUGUACAAAAGAAACGAAAUCAAGUAAUCUCAACAAAACAAAUGUUGGGUGAAAUCACUGAUUUAUUAACUAAAGACAGAAGUCCACUUGCAGUGAAUCCACUUCCACCAAAUCGAUCGACAAAUUAUCUUGAUGUUACUACACAAAAAUCAUUAACUCAUUUUAGUCAUAUUACACAUGGAUUUGGUGGUUUAACAUUAAUUAGUGCUUUAAAUACAUUUCAAACAAUUCUAUCAGAUUUACUUAAAAUUUUAAAUAAAGAUAGUCAAUCAAUUACUCAUUCUACAAAUAGUUCAACUAUAUAUACAGAUAGACAUACACCUGUAACUUCAAGUAUUUGUCAUCAACAUCAAAUACAACAAUUUUCAAAUAAUACUAUACCUAAUACUAUAAAUGAAUCUCAAACAUUAUCUUCAUUAUCUUUAACAAUUAAUACAGAUCCAUUAAACAAUAAUAAUAAUACACAACGUAGAAAAUAUAUAAUGCAACAUAUAAAUGAAAAUAAUUCAUCAGAUAUAAGAAAUAUUAUAUCUAUGCAAAGGAGUAAUUUAAACAAUGAAAUUGAAAAUGGUACUAGUUUGAAUGGAGUUAGAUAA